GACUAAUCCGGACCCGACCCGCGUCACGCACCUGGAAAUGGUGGUCCUUGAUGUGACCAAUGAGAGGCAGGAAUUCAGUGGUACUGAAGAUCUAGUCGGCAUCGAGAAGGUUGAUUUUUUCGUACUUGAGAACCAACUGCCCUACCAACUUCUUCAGAUAUUGAUAGACACGUUCGCUGAAUUCUCAAGUGCAGAAUUAGCACCAAAACUUAAGAAGUUAUUCAACGACUUAAUCAUCGAAUUCAUCAAUAGGAUUUACUUGAAUCUGACUGCGCAGCAACAACACCAAAUUUGGGUUGAUCAUUCUCAACAACAAGAAGGAGACCCUGCUCAUCUUCUAGACUUGUUGCGAAGAAGACUGAUGGAAGUCAAAUCGAAAGAGAAGGAUGAGAAAAAAGGGAUUAACAAAGAUGGUUUGCGGAAGAAAGUACUGACUUUUGCUAUUCAUCCUCUACACUCGUUGCGACGGAGACUGAUGGGAGUCAAAUUGAAAGAGAAGGGUGAGAAACAAAAAGGGAUUAACAAAGAUGGUUUGCGGAAGAAAGUACUGACUUUUGCUACUCAUCCUCUAUACUUGUUGCGAAGAAAACUGAUGGGAGUCAAAUCGAAAGAGAAGGGUGAGAAACAAGAAGAGAUUAACAAAGAUUUUUUGCAGAAAGUACUGACUUUUGAUAAUAGCAAACCCUGGCACUCAAAUCGCAACGUAAGGAAGCUGAAAGACAAGGGUAUUCGUUUUAAAGCGAGGGAAAAGGGAGGUGCCAUCACAGACAUUGAUUUCAAUAGCUCGUAUGAGCUGUGUCCGGUUUUCGAAGGAAAGUACGAGAUCACCUCGCACUUGUCAUUCCUCGACUCCUUGAUUGAUAAUGGGGAGGAUGUGAAGGAACUGAGAGAUACCGGCGUGUUGCACAACGGAUUAGGAAGCGAUGAAGCUGUAGCGGAGCUGUUCAACAAGAUCAGCAACAUCCUGGUGUCAAAUCUUACGAUGCACUCAAAAUUGCAACGUGAUAUUCAUGAAUACUGCAACAGCAAGAAAUCACACUUAAGCAGUCUAAGGGCCAGCGUCGAGGCUAAACUCACUUACACUUAUUUUAGGAGUCCAUGGACCUUCUUGGUCUUGCUCGGUGCCUUAGUAGGUCUUAUUAUGACAGGAAUGCAAACUUAUUAUAGUUUCCACGAAAACAAGCUCCCCUAUUGAACUAAUUACUAUAUUUAUUAAUAGCUUGUUAAAGUAUAUCUUAUGGGCGAAUUGGGUUUAUAAAACAAUUUUAUAUAU